AUAGACAAUAGUUGUUGGCGAAAAGACGAACGCAAGAAAGAAAUGGUAGUGAGUGUGGUUUAGGUUGGAGAAUCCGAGUUAUCCGAAUGAUGAAUGAUGAAUGAAUGAAUGAAUCUUCGUUUCUUCCUCACUCAGUUGAGCUGAGUUGAGUGCUUUCCAUCAUGUCUCUUCUCAAAUCCCUCACUUCAAAUUCCUCUGCUUUCAAUUUCAAACCAACGCAAUCCACCAUGGCGCAUUCCUCUCCUUACAAGGUGCUACUACGAACAGCUUGUUCCUCUUCCAGGGGAACUAACUCUGUUGGCUUGUUUUAUUCCCGAGGGAUCUCAUCAGUUAAAGUGGUAUCUAUCACAAACGUAUCAAACUAUUGUUCUUAUUCGAGGGACAAUAUAUGUUCUUCAAAGCGAAGAUCACGAGGGCCAGUGAUGGCAGGAAAGAAAGCUUCGGAAGGAGUCAAGCAAGAAGAUGGAAAAUACAAGCACACUGUUGAUCUUCCCAAGACAACAUUUGGUAUGAGAGCUAAUUCUUCAGUAAGGGAGCCUGAAAUUCAGAAAAUUUGGGAAGAGAAUCAAGUAUUCAAGAAAGUUGUUGAGAAAAAUAGCGGAGCAAAUUUUAUUCUUCAUGAUGGCCCUCCAUAUGCUAAUGGUGAUCUUCACAUAGGGCAUGCCUUAAAUAAAAUUUUGAAGGAUAUUAUAAAUCGUUAUAAGGUUCUUCAAAAUUAUAAAGUUAAUUUUAUACCUGGAUGGGAUUGUCAUGGUCUACCAAUUGAAUUAAAAGUUUUGCAGUCACUGGAUCAAAAGGCCAGAAGUGACCUCACACCGUUAAAGUUGAGAGCAAAGGCUGCUAAAUUUGCCAAAGAAACUGUUAAGAAACAGAUGUCAUCUUUUAAGCGCUAUGGAGUUUGGGCAGACUGGAAUGAUCCCUAUCUCACUCUAGACCCCGAAUAUGAAGCAGCCCAGAUUGAAGUGUUUGGCCAGAUGGCCUUGAAAGGCUAUAUAUACAGAGGAAGAAAACCUGUUCACUGGAGUCCUUCAUCACGAACAGCACUUGCUGAGGCUGAGUUGGAGUACCCUGAAAAGCAUGUUUCAAGAAGCAUAUAUGCCAGUUUUAGAGUUGUGAGUGCUCCUUUAACAUCAAGUUCCCUACUACAAGAAUUUCCAAAUUUGUGCUUGGCUGUAUGGACCACAACUCCCUGGACUAUUCCGGCCAAUGCAGCUGUUGCGGUGAAUCCUAAGCUCGAAUAUGCUGUUGUUGAAAUAAAGUCAUUACUGGAGCCUGACCCAGCAACUGGUGGAAAAAAAAAGAAAGGUCUUGGGCUUUUUUUGGAGGAUGAGAAGAAGCCAAAUCUUAUUGUGGCUUCAGACCUUGUGCCAAGUUUAGAGGCAAAAUGGGGUGUGAAGCUUGUUGUCAAGACAAAACAAUUGGGUUCAGAGUUGGAAAACUACAGGUAUAUCCAUCCAAUAGAUGAUAGGGAAUGUCCUGUUGUGAUUGGUGGCGAUUAUAUUACAACAGCAACAGGAACAGGACUGGUCCACACAGCUCCUGGGCAUGGUCAGGAGGAUUACGUGACUGGCCAGAAAUAUGGACUGCCCAUAUUUUCUCCAGUAGAUGAUGAUGGAAAGUUCACUGAAGAAGCUGGGCAAUUUAGUGGGCUUGAUGUUCUUGGUGAAGGUAACACUGCUGUUGUAAAAUACUUGGAUGAACAUCUCUCACUCAUCAUGGAAGAAUCAUAUGAACACAAGUAUCCAUAUGACUGGCGAACAAAAAAACCAACAAUAUUUAGAGCAACAGAGCAGUGGUUUGCAUCUGUGGAGGGAUUUCGCCAUGCUGCUAUGGAUGCUAUUAAUCAUGUAAAAUGGGUUCCGGCUCAGGCAGAAAAUAGAAUCUCAGCAAUGACUUCUUGCCGCUCAGACUGGUGCAUAUCACGACAAAGGACAUGGGGCGUCCCCAUUCCAGUAUUUUAUCAUAUUCAGUCUAGAGAACCUCUUAUGAAUGAAGAGACAAUUGAUCAUAUAAAAUCUAUCAUAGCCCAAAAGGGUGGUGAUGCAUGGUGGUACAUGACUGUAGAGGAUCUUCUUCCAAGUAAAUAUCGUGAUAAGGCAGCAGAAUAUGAAAAGGGAACUGACACAAUGGAUGUAUGGUUUGAUUCAGGUUCCUCCUGGGCUGCAGUCUUGGGAAAAAGAGAUUCCCUUAGUUAUCCUGCAGACUUGUAUCUUGAAGGAACAGAUCAGCAUCGAGGGUGGUUUCAAAGUUCUUUGUUAACAAGUGUAGCUACGAAAGGUAAUAGGCCGCUGGACUUAUUUUAUCAUAUUGAUUAUCUUUAAGACUUUUACUAUUUG